UCUCUUUAAUAGUAAGAGAAUAUUUGUUAAAUUACUUAUUAAUUUCUAAAAUAGACAUAAAAAUGAUAAUAUUAACAAUUUUGAGUAUUUUUUUAUUUAAGGUUUCGAACACCGAAGGUGUAGUAAACUGGAAUACCGAGGAAAUUGAGAAAACAGUGAUACCAUUGGUUAGGACAUUCGACGAUUCUUGGAAAGUUCAUACGUACAGAUCUCCAAGGUAUCAUUACAAGAGUCACUUUGGAAUAAUAAUUAAAAAAGGAACAACUUUUACCCUAACGACUCAGGCAGUAAAAAAUCUGACAUAUUUUCACUUUUACUGCAUUACUGAAGAGUAUGAAAACCUUAUCGAUGAAGACUUUGAGAAGACAAACAACAGUAAAAAAGUUUAUACAACGACAUCCGAUUGUGUGCCAAUGUUACCAGUAUCGUACAACAUCGAUGUGAAGGUAAAAUUAAGAACUACCAAUUGGAUUGAUCUACCUGUUUUGGAUACAAAAAAUAUAACCUACCGUAUGUCAGAAGAAGCUGAAAGAGAGUUUUACAAAAGAAUAGAAGUUUAUGGUUUUGUUGAGAGUUAUUAUGUACAGAUUUUAAUGACAGCAAGUGACGUAAAGGCAAUGUUAGCAAAUAAGUUCAGUUUGUAUGCUUCUGUUCAAAAUGAAGAGGAUAUAAUAAAAUACUACAACUAUGUGACAGGUGCGAGUCGAUAUGUAAAUAAAAAUGAUUCGUACGGACAUAUUAUGGUUGAAAAAUAUAGAAUUUUUGAUCAAGUUUAUAACAAAUAUACUGGACUUUAUCAUGAAAGAAGUAUAUCAUUUGGUAAAUCUAUAGUAAACAAUUUUCUAAAUCCUGUUCGAGGAUUACGAUGGGCUUUAAUGCACGAAAUUGCACAUUAUUAUGAUCUGCCAUAUUUAGUUAAUGGUUUUGCAAAUUCCUGGGAGACCUGGACCAACAUAUUGAGUUCUUUUUAUAAGAAAAAGAUUUCAGACGAACCCGCAUUAUAUGACUAUAAUAAGUUAGAAGACAAUGAAAUUAUAUCUAAUUAUCGACAAGGUAUUAGUAUUAACGGAAAUUGGAAUAAACAAGAAACAAAGUAUGACUUUAGAGACAAAUUACAAGUCUUUUUAACAUUAUUUGGAUACGAUGGCACUGACAAAUCAUUUAGAGAAUUCAACAUUCGCUAUUAUUCAAAAAAGAAUACAGCAAAAUACGAUGUAAUACCAAUAAUUUUGGAAGUGUUUUUUGAUUUGUACAAGAUAAAUAUAUUGCCAUUUUUAAAGAAAGUUGUGGACUUUAAAACUUAUCAUUUAGUAAGUGAAUUUUUAGAAUUACGACUUUUGACCGGUCGUGCUGUAAUGCCGGCUAUUGAUUUCGGCCUAAAACCAACCGACAUGAAACUUAGGAGCAGGGAAAGAGACUGGAGAUCACAUUUACCUUUGAUGUUUAUGUCUAAAAUGAAGAAAAAGUUCGUUGAGGUGAUAUUUACUAUUGAAUCCCCAAUAGAUCCCACUGGUGCUUGUCUGUAUUUGAAUAACAUUUGUCACACUAUUGUUGGCAAUCGUAUGAACAUCAAAUUAUUAUCAAACGUGUACUCUGCUUAUGUUUUACAGGAAAAAAACCAGACCUUAUACGUGAGUGAUAUAAAAUACCACAAGAUAUCAAAAGAUAAAAAAAUUGAUAUCAAACUAAUGGAUCUUCCUUCUAUUGCAACAAAAUUAUUCUCCGAUAGUCAUCAAUCCUUUACCAUUCAAGGACUUAAUUGCCUAAUUUUUAAAAUAUUUAUAAAUUAUAAAGAAAUGACAAUACAAGUAAAGCAAAUCAGUACCUACAUUGACCCCUAUUUUAAUAAUAAAUUAUAUUUUUCAAUAAGUUUAGAAAGGAAUAAUUCUUCUAUUUUUAAAUACAACUUUUUGGGUUAUCCAAGACUGAAUAAAACUGUCGUACGUGUACAUAAUUUCCAGAUCAAUGAUAAAAUCCACAUCUACCAUGCAAAACCAGACCACCGUAUAAAGUUUGACUUGGGGGUUUACAAUGGUUUCAUAAAAAAUAACACUUUUCUAUUGACAAAUGCUGGUUUACACAAUGUUGCUGACAAGGAGCCAAAAAUGAUUUCAUUAUUAAUCAAUAAAAUUGACAAAAUUAAUUCGAAAUAUAUGUAUGAUUUGAAGAAUAAUCCAUAUUAUCAAGGACUCUUAAGACAAUAUAUGAAUAGUCUACGUUCUGAAGGAUUAGAAAGAAUGAUACCAAAAAAUUGGAUUACACCGAGAAACUAGAAUUUUUUAUAUUUACUAUUUCUGGUACAUCUGUUAAACCAUUCAGUGUUCGGUUACUGCAAACUAUAUGAAACAUGAAUUAUAUAAUUUACAAUUAAAUCAAAAGAAUUAUAUUAUUACCUUCUCUAUAUAUGUCAUUCCUAAUUUUUUAAAUCUAAAAGUCGAAAAAAUUAUUGGCAAUUAUCAGUUGGCGUAGAUCAUCCAUCUAAAAAAUUUUAACAAUUGUAUAUUUCUUCAGAAAACA